AUGAAAAAUAAACAGGAAAUUUCAAAUUGCAUCAAAGAGCUUCAGCUCUCAAAACAGUCAAUUGUCAGAAGGGCUGAAAGCAUUUCUGAAAAUCUUCUUUCGCAGUUAAAAAAGGAUCUUUACGCAUGUUCGUGUUUUUCUCUACAGUUUGACGAAUCAAACGAUGCUAUUGAUAUCGCCCAACUAUGUGUAUUUUCCCGUUUAAUCUUCCAUGAUCUAAUUGUCAAGGAAGAGUUAUUUGCUAUUAUACCUAUGAAAGAAAGAACAACUGGUGAAAAUAUUUAUAAUUCUUUCAAAACGUUUUUGUUAUCAUUCGAAUUAUUACCGUUAAUGAAGAAACUUGUAUCCAUAACAACAGAUGGAGCCCCUGCAAUGAUUGGGAAUCAAAAUGGAUUUAUUGCAUUUUGUCGGAAAGAUGAACAUUUUCCGAAAUUUUUAUCAUAUCAUUGCAUCAUUCACCAACAUGCAUUAUGUGGGAAAAUGUUAAAUUUUAACUAUGUUAUGGAGACAACAGUUAAAAUUAUUAAUUCCAUCCGAGCCAAGCCCCUACAAAGAAGAUUAUUUCGACUUUUUCUAGAACAAGUCGAUGCAAUCUAUGGCGAUCUACCUUUACAUUGUGACAUAAGAUGGUUAAGCAAGGGAUUAAUUCUCAGUCGUUUCAGAGAAUUAUUAUCAUACAUUAAAGAAUUUUCUAAAGAAAACAACAAGAAUUGGCAUUUUCUUGAAAAUCCUGUUUGGCUAAUAAACUUGGCAUUUUUAACCGAUAUUACCAGCAAACUGAAUGAACUCAAUUUAGAAUUACAGGGAAAGAAUAGAUAUAUUAUCGAUAUGAUCAGUUCAAUAAAUGCUUUCAUAAUGAAGUUGGAAUUAUGGAUAUCUCAAAUCAGAAAAGAAAAUUUUACCCAUUUUCCUAACAUUGAAGAUGAAUUCACAAAACAACUUGUGAAUAAAAAUCAUUAUGUCAAUGAAUUUGCUAUGGUACUAGAAAAAAUAAUGAACGAGUUUAAUAACAGAUUUAGCGAUUUCAAGAAAAUUACUAUAUUAUGCAGUUUCUUUGUUUCUCCGUUCAUGGAUGUAGACAUCGAAAAUAUUUCAGAAGAAUUUAGCAAGAUUUUUGACGUUGAUCGAAGAUUGAAAUAA